AUGAUGUUCAAGCUGGGAUUCGUCUUCACGCUCGCUCUUGCGAGCUGCAUGGCGGAAGAGGGAUAUCCGAGUGUGCGUCCCGACGGGCAGUUGUCCUACAAUCGAGGAUACAACUAUCAGGAUCCGCGUGAGGAGCAAUCGGCCGAUGGGAUAUCCGGCGUGGCGGGCAAGGAUUACCCGAUCUUCCGCGAGGUCCCGCAAACGCGAUUCGAGUGCGAGCAACAGCAAUAUCCGGGCUAUUACGCUGACCCUGAAGCCGAGUGUCAGGCGUUUCACAUCUGUCAACGGGGCGGCCGUAAGGACUCCUUCCUUUGUCCGAACGGCACGUUAUUCAAUCAGCCGAGACUGGUCUGCGAGUGGUGGUACAACGUGGAUUGCUCGAGCGCGCCAAGUUUCUACUCCAUUAACGAGGCGGUUGCAAAAGCAAUGGAGGAAGCUGAUAGGCGCAUCCAACUAGCUGCCGAAGAGAAGAAGCUCUCCCGCGGCUACCUGCGUGAGUCUGACGUUGAUGCUUGGAAUAAGUACAACCAGCAGAACGUGAAACAAGGAUGGAACGACACGCCGACUCGGCAUAAUUCAAUGUCUGAUUUCGCCAAGGGCCUUCCUUACGAGGCACCCGCGUCGACGUCGAUCCCUCCUCCUGUUUACGGCGCGCCUCAAUUUCCCGCCGAAUCCUCGCCGAACGCGUACAACCCGGGCAAUUCUUAUUUGUCAGAACAGAACUACGUGAUCACGGACGCGAAAUUCGGCAGGCAAACGGCGAAGAGCAACUUCGCGGGAUCGACGGCGAACGUUUACCUGCCCGCGUAA